ACACAGUAUAAGUGGCUGGCCUGUGUACUAUGUACAAUAUCCAUCACAAAUCGCGUACUCUUCUGUUUUCAUUCGAUGGCCUGUCUUUCUUCCAAAGAGAGAGACGGUCAAUAGUUACCUGUACUGUAAUCCGUUAAUACAUUGACGCCUUUUAUGACCCCGGCAAUAAAUUGACUUCCAGUGUAGUUUCUAGAACGCGGUCUUAUCUUUGACAGUUUUUUUUUUACGUAAUGUUUAACCGUAACGUCGGCUGAAUGGCUGGCAACAUCGUCUCGCGUCACGAGUGUGGGUUUGUACAUUUCGUUUUAAAUUGCUUGGGUACUUUGCACAUUUCGGUCUGAAAGAAUGGUGUCGGCUUUGUCUCUCAUCUGCGCGUUACUUUGUAUAGAGGACUAAAUAAAAGCCCAGCGUUUUCCAAAGGACCUGUUCGUCAAAGAAUCGUUUUCUAAAAGUCUGCAGGUCUGCAAGGAGCAUGAGGCUACAGUGGAAAUGCGGCCGCGUGCUGCUCCUCUUCACCAUCGUCGUCAGCCUCGUGCUCUUAAUGGCGUUCGUGCUGUCCUGGGAGCAGCCAUACAAGACAUCGAGACGUGGAAACUCGCCAGUGAUUACGCAAGAACUGCUGGACAUCAUCUCUGAAGCUUCACAUCCUCACGAGGGCAAAGCCACUUCUCGAAUACUGAUGUUUAAUACCACAAGGCUCAUAUUCAGCAACAUCACAGAGGACAUCUUUACAACAGAAAAGAAGUUCCUUGCGAUUGGCCUUUGUUCUGUAAACCGGAAACAUGAGCCAUACUUGAUAGACACCCUGAGGUCCAUAUUUGAGCAGUCAAGCUCAACGGAACUUCAGCAGAUGGUAGUAGUGGUGCACUUGUGCGACUUUGACAUGGCAUGGUGCGAGAUGACGGCACGUCUAAUUACGAAGAUGUUCCCCAGCCAUAUGUUAGCCAAGCGACUUCUAUUGAUUCACGCACCAGAGGAGAUCUACCCCUCCCUUGAGGGCCUCAAGGCCAACUACAAUGACCCUCCGGAUCGAGUGCGCUUCCGCUCCAAGCAGAACCUUGAUUACUCAUUCCUAAUUGGCUUCUGUGCCAACCUUGCUGACUACUACAUCAUGCUGGAAGAUGAUUUGAAAUGUGCAAAUAAUUUUUUGACCACAAUUCAGAAGGCAAUUGCUUCACGAAAAAAUAAAAAUUGGGUUACGUUAGAAUUCUCCAAACUGGGCUACAUUGGCAAGCUCUACCAUGGUAAUGACCUACCCACCCUUGCUCAAUUUCUCUUUCUGUUCUACCAGGAGAUGCCAUGCGAUUGGCUUCUGACACACUUCCGUGUUAUUCUAACACAAAACAAUCCCAUAAAUUUCAAGCCGGCGUUAUUUCAGCACAUGGGCCUCUACUCAUCCUUCAGAGGCAAUCGGAAUGAAUUGAAGGACGGCGAUUUUCAGGAGAGUACCGCAAAUGUGGCCGACAACCCUGCCGCCACCUUUCACACAAGCAUCAAGGUGUUCGAAGACUACCGGCCGGAGAAAGCUUACAGCACUGAAAGUGGCUACUUCUGGGGAAAGACUCCAGUUGCAGGAGAUUACUUUAUGUUGAAAUUCGUGGAACCUCAGAACAUCGAUGUGAUCGAAGUUCUGACAAGUUCGUUUGAAAGAAAAAAUGACGGUCUGAAAGCUGGCUUGUUACAAGUUGGCACUAAUGUCGACAAACAAUCAUGUUUGUCUUUUAUUACACUCGGACAUUUUGUACAUGGUGAAUAUAGGGAAAGAAAUAUCAGCACAAUUGUGCCAUUUAAAAUUGGCUGUAUUCGUAUAAAUGUGACUAUGACCCAAACAGAAUGGAUUAUUAUUAGGAGUAUCAGCAUUUGGGUUGCUCACAAAGAACAAUAGUGGGCACACUGAAACGUACUCCCACCGAGUGGCUUCCCGUUUUGGCCAACAUUGGACCAGCAAACUUCCACAGGGAUGCCGUGAUAUCAAGCCAAGUUGGAAAAAUCCAAGGAAGCAUUGUCCUCCCAUUACACCAAGAGCUGCUCGACCCUCCACAAACUCGUCCAAGAUCCUGGAAACCAAGCUGGGAUUGCGCGAGACAAUUGGAUAUUGGACGGAGCGGGAUCUACUGAAGGCCGCUGGCGAAUGCUGUGGAGUUUUACUGAAGUUCCUAACAAUAGCCUCAGCGAGGGCACCACCACUGCUCCGCAUGGCUUUGAUCUACCAAUAAAACUGUGGUGGCUUCAUCAACCACUUCAGAACAGUGACUGCGUACACCUCUUCCUCAAGUGGAAAAAGUAAAUAUGACCCACAGUUCAGUAACUGCGGCCACUCAAAUCAAACAAUGGACCGCAUCACAAACAACUGCAUUUUAGGCCUGCUCUCCGUUGGACUGGACAGUAUUAGUGCUACUCCCAAAGCUAUCCAAUGGCUCACAAGCUUAACCCCGGAUGUAUAAUUUACACCGACUUGUCAUAUGCUAGAAGAUGAAGAAAAAUGUAUCAUUUUCUGCUACUGUGCAGUAUUUUGUAUUGUUUACUAUAAUAGUUAACACAAUUUUCUCCCCAUCAGUUCUCAGCUCCUUGCCUUCCUAUUGGUAGUAUAUGUAAAACUGAAUUGAAAAUGUAAAGUAAUUUAAAAAAACAAUGUACGUUGAUGGUAAUAUGCAAUGAAUGUUAAUUCUCUAAUGUAUCUGAAUGCUAAUUCCAGAUGACAGAUAUGGAUCCACACCUGCAAAUGGGGUCGGGGGGGGGGAGCAGGUUUGUCGAUCGCAUAACAUUGAAACCUUUUGUGAGAUACGACCUCGGUGUGUUUUUUUUUAUGCCAUGCUGCUCUUGUUUCUCCACAGCGCAAGGUGUUAGGUGCGUGUUGGGGCGGGUCCUGCACCACCAAAUGUUCCUUUGGUCCACCCGAGUUCACUCUCCUUCGUGAUAUAGCACUGUUAUGGUUACACCAAAGACACAUCCCCUGUAUAGCCUCAAGACUGUUAGGACAAAUGCUGUUAGCGAGCAUCUAUGGCCGGCAGGGCACACAAGGGGGUGGGAAGGCCAGCACCACG